GUGGGCUCAGACCCAACACAUAACUGUGGGCGGCUGCAGUCUGGGGCCCCAGACAGCCUGCCUCUCUCAACUGAGCUGACAGCAUGAAGGCUCUCCCAACCCUGCCCCUGCUGCUGCUGCUGCUCUCUACACCUCCCUGUGCCCCACAGGCCUCUGGGAUCCGGGGAGAUGCUCUAGAGAAGUCCUGCCUUCAGCAACCCCUGGACUGCGAUGACAUCUACGCUCAGGGCUAUCAGUCAGAUGGUGUGUACCUCAUCUACCCCUCUGGCCCCAGUGUCCCCGUGCCUGUCUUCUGUGACAUGACGACCGAGGGCGGCAAGUGGACGGUUUUCCAGAAAAGAUUCAACGGCUCAGUGAGUUUCUUCCGGGGCUGGAACGACUACAAGCUGGGCUUUGGCCGUGCUGACGGGGAGUACUGGCUGGGGCUGCAGAACCUGCACCUCCUGACCCUGAAGCAGAAGUACGAGCUGCGGGUGGACCUGGAAGACUUUGAGAACAACACAGCCUAUGCCAAGUAUGUUGACUUCUCCAUCUCCCCCAACGCGGUCAGUGCCGAGGAGGACGGCUACACCCUCUACGUGGCUGGCUUCGAGGACGGCGGGGCAGGUGACUCCCUGUCCUACCACAGUGGCCAGAAGUUCUCCACCUUCGACCGAGACCAGGACCUCUUCGUGCAGAACUGUGCGGCCCUCUCCUCAGGAGCCUUCUGGUUCCGAAGCUGCCAUUUCGCCAAUCUCAACGGCUUCUACCUGGGCGGCUCCCACCUCUCUUAUGCCAAUGGCAUCAACUGGGCCCAGUGGAAAGGCUUCUACUAUUCCCUCAAGCGCACCGAGAUGAAAAUCCGUCGGGCCUGAGGGGCUGGCCCAGGCAGGCCCCAUCUCUCCCCUGGAAGCCCCAAGUCUCCAUGUUGUACCCACAAGACACUGCUUCUGCUUUCUGAGCACCAGCAAUGCCCUGGCAAAUCCCCAUCCCAUGUCCAGGGUAACCGUUCCUAAGCCAGGCCCCGUUGCCUUCCCGAGGCUAGGCUGUCAGCAGCCCGCCAAGGCCUUUCUGCGGCCCAGCCAUCCCAGCCUGGAUCUGGCUGACCUCCAUAAAAACUCCAAGUUGCUUCUACUCCUUUCUGACAGCCUGAAGCUACCUUCUAGCCAGCUUUUGCAUUCCACCUCGGCCCAUUUCCUUCUUGCAGACCCAUCUGUUUGGGGCUACCCGAGACAGUAAUGCAGCACCUAUGGCAUUUGCCGGCCAGCUCACGCAUAGCCAGUCACACCCCAGCAUCCCACCCAGACUGCUUCCCACCUUUGGUCUCCCCGACAACUUACCCCCUUAUAGUGAGCACCAUGGAACCGAACCCCACCAGUCUCUGCUAGUUCCUCAAAGUUCAAUGCCAAAAUAAUAUCCACCACAACUCCUACUCAUCAACCUCAAGUAGCUAUCGGCAAGAUAGGCAUGUUAACUAGGUCCCCUACUUGCCCUAGGGAUUGUUGUGAAAUGCGGCAGAGAACAAUCUGGGGGGCUAGGAGUGGGUGGGAAGUGGAGGUCUCAAUAAACCUUCAGGAUCUGAUGGA